GCGCUCGUGAGCACGAACUAGCGGCCAAUCCCUGCGCGGGACGCGGGGAACUGCCAGCCAAUCCCAGCGCAGGAUGGGCGUGAUUUGCGUUAAUCGGAGCCGGAGGUUCGGCGAUGGAUUCGUAGUGAACGGGAUCACCAUCGAGCAUCUUUGGAGCGAAGUUGCGCGCGGAGUUCUGCACGCGGCUUGGGUGGAUGCAAAGAAAUUGUCCAGGCGAUGCGUGCAAAGUCCAGCUCUCUGUGAGGACGCAGAGGAAAAAGGGGGAAAGAACUCGGGAAGAAAGCAUCGCAAACGUGCAACUUGCUGGAUAUGCGUUGAGUGAUCGGUCGCUUGUGCCAUGCACUGAGGAGCGCGAGGCAGCCGCAGCAGCAGCAUGUCCGCUGGGUUUUGUCGCUGGUUUUGGUGAACACAGACGGAGGGAAUAAUGGUCAGAAGAUGCCUGCUGACGUUCAAACCGUUCAGGAUCUUUGUGGUGGGGAUUGGUUUCUUCAGUCUGUGUUUUUUAAUGACCUCCCUGGGCGGCCAGUUUUCAGCCAAGCGGCUCACCGACUCGCCAUUCACCGUCCGGACAGAAGUGCUGGGAGGUGUGGAGUCCAGAGGAGUUCUGAGGAAGAUCAGUGAUAUGCUGGAGGUCAUUAUGAAGAGGAUGGAUAGUCUGUCUAAGCUGGAGCACGUCAACGACUCACGCCGCCUGGAGGAGCUCAGCUCGGCCAUUAACAGGAUCCAGCCAGCUGGACUGGUGGAGAGAAUCCAGGCCAUCGCCCAAAACGUGUCCAAUAUGGCGGUUCGAGUGGAGCAGAUUUUUCAGAACAGCAUGGCGGCAUCCAGAGUUGUUAGAGAAGGAACAUCAGGUCAGUGUGAUGUUCCCAGAGACCCCCACUUCCCUGACUGCCCGGGAAAAGUGGACUGGAUGCGGUCCCGCUGGACCUCGGACCCCUGCUAUGCCUUCUACGGCGUGGAUGGCUCAGACUGCUCCUUCUUGAUCUACCUAAGUGAAGUGGAGUGGUUCUGCCCACCGCUAGCAUGGAGAAACCACAGCAGCCCACCUGUGCUACAGAAAAACCCACCCAAACGACAGGCUGCGUUCCGUACAGACUUGAGCGCUCUGCUGGAUCAGGUGGGGACAGGGAAGGAGUCUCUGAGUUUUAUGAAGCGGCGCAUCCGCAGGCUGGCCUCUCAGUGGGCCACCGCCGCCCACAGACUGGACAUCAAACUGCGCAGAAGCUGGCGGGAGCAGAAAAAGAUUUUGGUGCAUGUGGGCUUCCUGACGGAGGAGUCCGGAGAUGUGUUCAGUCCGAAGGUCUUGAAGGGGGGACCUCUGGGGGAGAUGGUGCAGUGGGCAGAUAUACUGACUGCGCUUUAUGUUCUAGGACACAACCUCAAAAUCUCCAUCUCAGUCAAAGAGCUACAGGGAUUUCUCGGUGUGCCCCCAGGAAGAGGAAGCUGUCCACUGACAGGGCCGCUGCCCUUUGACCUCAUCUACACAGACUACCACGGCUUGCAGCAGAUGAAACAGCACAUGGGGCUCUCCUUAAAGAAACACAAGUGCCAUAUUCGGGUAAUAGACACGUUUGGGACAGAGCCGGCAUAUAACCAUGAGGAAUAUGCAACCUUACACGGCUAUAGAACCAACUGGGGGUACUGGAACCUCAACUCCAGACAAUAUAUGACCAUGUUUCCUCACACGCCGGAUAACUCCUUCAUGGGCUUUGUGUCAGAGGAGCUGAACGAGACGGAGAAGCGCAACAUUCAGGAGAACAAAGUCAAGAACAUGGCAGUUGUGUAUGGCAAGGAAGCCAGUAUGUGGAAGCUUCAGGGUAAAGAGAAGUUCCUACAGAUUCUGCACCGCUAUAUGGAGGUACAUGGGACAGUGUACUAUGAGACACAGCGCCCCCCAGAGGUCCCUGCCUUUGUUAAGAACCAUGGACUGCUGCCCCAGCAGGAGUUGCAACAACUUCUGCGCAAGGCUAAGCUCUUCAUUGGUUUUGGUUUUCCCUAUGAAGGCCCCGCCCCAUUAGAAGCAAUAGCUAAUGGGUGUAUUUACCUGCAACCCAAGUUCCACCCUCCCCACAGCUCACUUAAUCAUGAGUUUUUCAGGGGGAAGCCGACAUCCAGAGAGGUGUCCUCUCAGCACCCGUAUGCGGAGCAAUACAUCGGCCAGCCUCAUGUCAUGACUGUGGACUACAACAACUCUGAGGAGUUUGAGACAGCAGUCCGAGAGAUCAUGAGAACAAAGGUGGAGCCGUAUUUGCCCUACGAGUACACGUGUGAGGGGAUGCUUGAGAGAGUUCACGCUUACAUUCAACAUCAGGACUUCUGCAGUAUAGAGGCUCCAUUUCCUCCAGCCAAUGCCUCCCGAGUUUGGCCUGGGGGCCUGUUCACCCUGCUGCCCAACUCAACGCUCCUAGGCUGGGCUGCUAACUCUACAGUGCCACCCUGCUGGCCUCCACUGAGCGCCCUGAGGCUCACGGUGUCCAAAGAAGGCCAGUCGUGCGUGGAGGCCUGCCAGACCUCAGGGUUGGUGUGUGAACCUGCCUUCUUCCGCUUCAUCAACAACAAAGAGGCACUGAUUAAGCUGGAGAUCCAGUGUGAGGUGGUGGAGUUGGAGGUGAACCACAUCUUUCCGGCUUUCUCCGUAGCCAGGCACGAGUGUGGCCUGCAGAAGGAAUCGCUCUUGUUCAGCUGCGCUGGCUUCAGUGCUAAAUACAGACGCAUCUGUCCCUGCAGGGACUUCCGCAAAGGCCAGGUGGCGCUAUGCAGGGACUGCUUAUGAUGACAGAGGUGUCUGUUCUGGACCAGCCGUCCAAGUCUCUGGAGAAGCCCAGAGUGGCCCGGUUCCUCUAGGUUCUUCUUGGUUCCAGAGGUCAUAGCCGACAUGUAGCUCCAUCUAACACCUAGCAGAGAUGAGCAUUCAGCUGAGGCUAGCACCUGGCGAAGGCUAGCACUUAGAAGAGGAGACAGCUAUAUGCUAAUAUUUGGGUAUGUGUAUGAGUGUCUUAUAAGGAAAGAAGAAAUGCCCAAUCAAAGCUGCUGGACAAAUGUCCCAUCUCUGCCUCUGCCCAAAUUUUAUGACAGCAUCAAGUCACAGGGUAUAGUGAUCAGUAAGAGAUACCACAGGUACACUUUUGUACUGUAUUCUACUGGCAGUGAUUUCUCUCAUAACUGUUUCUGGCUAAAACUAUUUUCCCAACCUUGGUCUUGGAGUUCCCCUACAUAUUUUGAAGUUUUCACUGCGCCAAUACACCUAAAAUGUUCAUUAAUAAUAGGGAACCCUCAGGCCUAAUGAUUUCUGUGAUAUAUAAACAUACUAAAAUGAUGCUAAACCCCUACAAGUAAUGCGGCAAUGGUCUUAAUUCCUCUUUAAGUUUUGGUUAGACACAAAAGGGUUUCAUUCUUGGUGAAAAAUGUUCAAAAAUGGUCCAGUUUAUACUUUCUUUACCAUUGUGUCUAGAGAGAUACAGCCAAACAAGCUCCACCAUAGGUUAGGCCUUUAGGAGCUGAAGUGAAGAAAAGAAAAUGCCACUUUACCCUCCUGAAAGUUCUAGAUACAUCACUGACUUUAAUCAGUUGUUAAAAGUGGAAAACAGCUAAUUAAAUUGUUUGUUGUCUGUUUUCAAGCUUUAAAUGUCUGUAUUUAAACUGUGUUAAAAUCCCAGGCUUAUUACAUACUAGGGCUUAUUAUCCAGUAACUGCAUGGACUCCAAUGCAAACUAGUUGACCUAUUCUUGGGUUAUACAAGCUUUGGGCCCUCCAGUGUGCCCUUGCCAUUUAAGGGGUUAAUCUAGAAUGUCCAAAAUGUAAGUUGUCAUUAGCUGAGAGCAAACAUACCAUUGGAAACCCAUAGCAGCCCUGGCAAAAAUGAGCAUAAUGGUAUUUUUCUUUAUUUUUUCCCUUUAUUGCCCAAGCCUAAACCUACCUCUAAUACUCACAGUUUUCCACAAUCAUUUAAACCAUAUAUUUCAUUAUAAAUAGUACAAAGACAACAUAUCAAAUGUUGAAACUGAGAAAUAUGGCUGCUUUUUGAAAACUAUAUGCCCAUUUUAAAUAUGAUGUCAACAAAACAUUCCAAAACAGUUAGAACAAGGGCAACAAAAGGCUGGUAAAAAAUGCUAAAACACCUAGUGGUACAUCGGCUACAGGUCAGUAACAUGACUGAGUUUAAAAGAGCAUCCCAUAGAGGCUGAGUCUUUCAGAAGUAGAGGUGAGAAGGGGUUCACCAGUCUGUGAAAGACUGCAUGAUCAAAUAGGGCAGCAGUUCAACAAUAAUAUGCUCAACAUAAAAUAGCAAAGAACUUUUGCUUUUCAUCAUCUAUAGUACAUAAUAUUAUUAAAAGUAUAAGAGAAUCUGGAGAAAUCGAUUGGGG